AUGUCAAUACAAAAACUUGUAGCCAAGGGUGUAUUACAGGAUCCAGACCAAUACGCAUGGAUUCUGCCCAACAAUGUCAACGGGGCUAAAAAUUUCAACCAAAAUCCUACAGACAAAGGCAUGAAACAAUUCUUAACCGAGACCAUCAUAUCAGACAGUCUGCGAUCGACCUCAUCGAAAGUUAAGCCGUCGCAAUUGGUUGCCGAGCUUGAGGCUGAUGACGAUGAAGGACCCAAUAUUUCUAAGCAACGUUCGCCUACGCUAUCAUCAGAUGACGACAUCUUAGACAAAGUAAGAAUUCGGAAGAGAAAGUUAUUUACUGCUCCCCUUCACGAAAACUCGGAUAAUGAGUCGGCUAGUCACCCGAAACCGCCAACAUUGCCUACGGGAAGUAAUGAAAACGAAGAGGUUGUUAUCCCUUGAGACAAAGGAUCUAAAAAGAAGCAUAAGAAGUCUAAGCAUUAAGUUGCCGUUAUUACAGUUCGCCAAUAGUUUAGUUUUCGGGUGGUUGUGUUGUUAGUACGGUAAAAACAUGAAUGUCAGGGGAUGAAUUUUUGCAAACAAGCAGAAGGAAAUAAGAUAAACCAGAAAAUGAAAAAAUAUAUAUUUAAUCUUGCGUUGUGGAAAAGGGGAAAAAAUCAAAAUAUAAAAAAAUUGAAAAUUAAAACCCAGAAAAAUUUAAGUUUGUAUACAUAGUGGGAUUUUUGGGAACAUAAGAAACUUACCAAAAAUGAUAUUUUAUUUCUAACCAUUAAAGCGCGGUUAUUACAAAGACCUUCAUCUUCGAGUUUUUUAAGUCCAAGGUUGUUGUAUCAGAACUUGCAGGCAGUGUAGAAGAAAAUUUGUGAUCUUUGCUUGACAGGAAUUACAAGUUGAUCAACGAAAAAAAGUUAAAACAUUUUAUUGAGUCCAUUCAGCCAUUGUUAGAAUCGCUGAAACAAUUAAAAAAUGGUUCUGGGAUAAAAACUGAAGAAAAAAAUAUUGUGCAGAUGCUAAAAGAUUUCUUUUAUAGAUGGCAAUGAUACAUUAGACAUGAUAACCCAGGCACUUAUUGUUGGUUCUAGCUUAUACACAAUGUCAAUACAAAAACUUGUAGCCAAGGGUGUAUUACAGGAUCCAAACCAAUACACAUGGAUUCUGCCCAACAAUGUCAACGGGGCUAAAAAUUUCAAUCAAAAUCCGACGGACAAAGGCAUGAAACGAUUCUUAACCGAGACCAUCAUAUCAGACAGUCGGGGAUCGACGUCAUCGAAAUUUAAGCCUUCGCAAUUGGUUGCCUAGCUUGAGGCUGAUGACGAUGAAGGACCCAACAUUUCUAGGCAACGUUCGCCUACGCUAUCAUCAGAUGACGACAUCUUAGACAAAGUAGGAAUUCGGAAGAGAAAGUUAUUUACUGCUCCCCUUGACGAAAACUCGGAUAAUGAUCGAGUCGGCUAG